AUGAAAUGGAAUUUAAGUGGACAAGGUUAUGGGGUUUUACAAUAUUUUAGAAAUCCACAAUUUAAGGAAAUUAUAGAAUAUAUUAAAAAGGAAACUCCUAAAUUAAAGUCUAUAAGAAGUAAAAAUGAUUUUAGAGGAAAAUGCUUACAUUUUGCUGAAUAUGUAAUUGAAAAAAAGUAUAAAAAUCCACCUAGGUUUAAACAAGAAAAUUGGGAAGCAGCACUUAAAACAUGGGUAAAGCAUUAUUUCUUCAAGGAGAAAACUAAAUAUGGCAUCUGUCCUGUUAUUUUUGAGCAGAACGAUAGAGAUCUUUUAGAAUUAACAUAUAAGGCAGAGGAUUUCUUUGAAAAAAAAGAAAAAGAAAUAAAAAAAAUAAAAAACUUAAAAGAAAAAAAAGAAAUUUCAAAUAAUUGCAUUAAUGAUAAUAAAUGCAAACGUUCAUGUGAGGAAUAUAAUGAAUGGAUUAUAUCUAUGAAGAAAGAAUUUGAAGGAAAACGAGUCUUCAUUUUAAACAAUUCUAAUAAGGAAUUUACAAAAUUAAGGGAUAAAAAAACAUUGAGCAAGUUGUUUAAAUCUGAUACAUUUGAAGAAAUUCCUAAUUGCUCAUACAGGGAAGCAGCUGUUAAUGCUGAACCUGUAUCUGAGGAAAAAGAGGAAGCUCCUGUAGUAAAACCAAGAGGAGCUCCAAAAGAACAAAUUAUGACUUCAGCUGGAGAAGAUGGGCAAUCUAUGGAAGCUGCAGUUCCAUCUGAAAGAAAUAAUCAAAUGCCACAAGAAACAAGUACUUCUCAUUCAUAUCAAGUACAACGUGAAAAAGAAUCCUUACCUGAAGAUCCCCCUAAAGAUAAUGAAACUAAUAGUGGAGAAAACGCACAAUAUGAACCGGAAAGUCUGUUACAAAUUCCAGGAGAUUAUGGAACAACAGUUGAAGGAAAUGUAAUUUCAUAUCAAGAAAAACCCUUAACUGAUGUCCAUGCAACUACUUUUAUACCUGCUGCACUACCAAUUCCUAACAUACCUUCUGCAACAUAUGACAUCCUUAAAAUGCGUGGUGACAAUGGAAGUAAACGUAUGACGCAUAUACCGCCUCUUUUAAUAAGCCUUCUAAUUAUUAUAUUAUUUUCUUUUUUUAUUAAAUAUUUUUUAACAGGGUUGUUUAAAAAAAAAAAAAAGAUAAAAAGAAGAGAAGUUAAAUUUCUGAGAAUAUUAGUACCUUCCUAUUAUAACAGAAGUAAGUUUUUAAGAUAUAAUCAUUUGGAACACCCAAUAAAUGAAGAAGAAGAAGAAAUCAUUAAAAAAAUAAAAAUACAAGAACAUAAUAUGAACAAAAAUGAAAAUGUAUCAUACGGAAAAAAGGACAGAUCCAUAACUAUUAUAGAAGUACAUAUGGAAAUACUGGAAGAAUGCAGAAAUAAAGAAUUGGAAUAUAACAAAGGAGAAUUUUUAGCAAUAUGCCAAGAAGUAUUAACAAAAAAAGAAAAUAGAACCUACACUAACUUAAAAGAUGAUGAAGUAGUAAUGGAUAAUAUUAAAAGUACCAAUGAAAUUGAAAAACAAAAAAGUCUAUGGAGUAAAUGGGUGGAAAGACAUAAAAUAUUUUUGGAAAAAUUGAGAAAAAAGGAUUGGUUUAACAAUCUGAAAAAUGAUUGGAAAGAAGAAAGAUCAUACAUAAAAAAUAGGGAAAAAUUAAGAAAAUAUCUUUCAAAUGAAAAUGAAAAAGAUCCAUUUUUAGAAAGAAAAAAAGAUAUAUGGAGACGUUGGGUAUCAAGGAAGGGUACUAUUGUAGAAAAAUAUUUGGAAGAGGACUUGUUUGAAAAAUUGAGAGAGGAAAUAUAUAAUAUGAUAGAUACAUAUGAAAAUGAAGGAAGAAAGGAUGAUAUAUUAUUUAUGAAUAAAGAAGAAUUGGAAAACAAAGAAAAUUAUGAAGUAUUAUAUAAAUACUUUAAAACAAAAUUAUUAGAAAAACUGUGUAUACUAGUAUUUAUGAUGGUACUAGAGGAAUGUAAAAAUGAGGAGUAUAUAGAAAAUAUGGAAUCACAUUUCGAUAAUUCUAUAAAUGAAUGUAUAACAGGAAAAAACUUAGAUAUUAAACCAGAAAUUGAGGAAAAUUUAACUGAUAUUAACGGAGAUGUUUUAGGGAAUAUAAAAAAUAAUAAAAAUUAUACUUAUGAGGGAGAAGACUGUUUCAGAGAAGAAUUGAAAGAAUGGAUAAGAGAAAAUGAUGCAUACAUAAAUUCCUUAGAUAGUGAUAAUAACAUAGACGAAUGCUAUCAAGUGGUAGAAUAA